AUGGGAAAGACGCGCGUCAUCUCCAAGGGAUACCGGCAUGGCACACGCGACAAGUAUUCCAAGAAGUACCGCACCAAGGGCAGACCCGGACUGGCCAGGUACUUGGUGAACUUCAAGCGGGGUGACUACGUGGACAUUGUCGCGGACCCCUCGAUCCAGAAGGGAUUGCCCUACUCCUUCUACCACGGGCGGACGGGCAUCGUCUUCAACGUGAACCGCAACGCCCUUGGGGUGGAAAUGACCAAGAUUGUGGGCAACCGCCAGCUGCGCAAGCGCAUCCACGUGCGCAUCGAGCAUGUGCGCAAGUCGCGGUGUAACGAGUCCUUCUUGCACCGAGUGAAGGAGAAUGACAAGAAGAAGCAGCAGGCCAAGAAAGAGGGCAAGAGCAUUGUUUGCAAGCGCAUCCCUGAAGGGCCCAAGGAGAUGAAGACCGUGACGGCCUCUCAGGAUGAUGUCGAGGAAUCUUGGGAUGAGAAGACGAGCGGCAAGAGCGUUUUUGUGAAGUUCUAUGCCCCCUGGUGCGGUCACUGCAAGGCCAUGAAGCCUGCCUGGGACAAGCUCAUGAAGCAGUACGACGGACAUGCCUCCAUCGUGGUGGCAGACGUGGACUGCAUUGGGGAAGGCAAGAGCAUGUGCGAUGAUGUGGGAGUGGAAGGCUUUCCCACGAUCAAGUUCGGGGACCCUGCCAAUCUGGAGGACUACGAGGGCGAGCGCGAAUUCGAUGACUUGGUCAAGUUUGCCAAGGAGAACCUAGGACCCAGAUGCGGCCCGGCGAACCUGGACUUGUGCGACGCAGACAAGAAGAAGAAGAUCGAGGAGUACAUGAACAUGCCUGCGGCCAGUCUCAAGAAGGAGAUUGAUGCCCAGGACGAGGAGAUCGCGGCUGCCACCAAGAAGCAUGAGGAGUUUGUGGAAACUCUGCAGAAGCAGUACGAGGAGUCAGAGAAGGCCAUGUCAGAGAAGAAGAAGGAAAUCAAGGAGGGUGGCUUGGGCCUGAUGAAGGCGGUGAAGGCCUAUCGCAAGUCGGCCACUGGGCUGCAGCCGCGACCGGUGGAGGAGGUGCGAGUGGAGGAGGGUGACUUCGCAAUGGGGGAGAACGACAAGAGGAAGCUGGAUGAGUAUGAAAAGCUGGUGCUAGAGGAGCAACAGCAAUUGGAAGAGUUACGGAAGCAGCUGGCACGGGAACAGGAGCUUCGUGAACAAGCGCAACUCACCGUGCGGUUCGUGGAGGAGUGGUGGUUCAGAUGCCAAUUCUAUUGCUACCCCAGUGGUAGUGACUGCAUUUGGUUUCAACAUACCACUGGAGUAGGUGGUAUUUGGUUGUUGAACCAAUUCUUUCAGACUUUGCUCCCUCUCCUCACCACUGCCACCGGCCAAUCGUUCCGCCAUUGCGUUACCACGGCGAUGGCGGAUGUGGACAUGGAGGCCGCCGCCGCGCUGGACGCUUGGGUUGGACACAGCUCGAGGGUGGUUCAGGCCGAGGGCAUGGCGUGGAGCCUUAGGUUUUCAUUUCAGCGCUCGACGUGCGCCGUGCUUUUCCUCCGUGCGCGCUCGUUGCAUCUUCGGACCUUGGGCAUCCAACACCGUGGCUCCGGUGUGCUUGCGGUGGAAUGGGAGCCCAAGGUGGGUGAGCGGCUUUGUAGCGCCUCCCUGGACGGAAGUCUUCGGCUUUGGGACGCCAGCAGCGGCGAAUGCCUGGAUGAGCUGGAGACCUCGGAUCGUGGUUUUGCCAGCUGCCUCACCUGGGCGCCUCAUGGUGCUCGAUUGGCCAGCGGCUUCCAGGAUGGCACGGUCUUGAUUUGGCAUCCCAGCUCCGCUCUAUCGGUGGUGAAGUGCAAAGGUCACACCAACCAGGUGCGAUGUGUAGCUUGGAGUUCCAAAGGCAAAGAUCGCGUCGCCAGCGGCUCGUUGGAUGGGACCAUCAGGACGAGCGGAUGGGGUAAGUCUCUGACGAAGUGUCAAGGGGAUGGCGGCUAUGUCUAUUGUCUUCUUUGGCAUCCGGAUGGUGCUCAGCUGGUGGCCGGCAGCACCGACGGCGUAGCUCGCGUGUUCGAGACGCAGAAGGGCCUAUGCUUGGUGCGCUGUGAAGGCCACAAGGGCCCCAUCUCCUCCAUCGCCUGGGGUCCAGGCCACACCCAUUUCGCCACCGGCUCCCAUGAUGGCCAAACCUUAGUUUGGAGCAGCGACACGGGGCAGAAGGUGGCCAGUUGUGGCGCUCCCGACCGGGUCGGGAAGACGGAUGCCCAGCGUUCCAGACUAGCGACGGGAUCGCAUGACGGCACCAUUUGCAUGUUCGAUGCCACUGCAGGCGUCUGCACUGCCAAGUGGGAGGCUCACCUAGGUGCAGUGCUCUCAUUAGCCUGGAGUCUGGAGACUGCCCCUCUCUUGGCCUCCUGUGGCGAGGACGGCACGGUGCGCAUUUGGGAGGCGCGCGCCGCCCAGCUGGUGGCGGUGCAUGUGGGGCAUCAGGGUGCCGUGCUCUCGGUGCGCUGGGCACCCAACGGUUCAGGCGGCUUGGCGUCCGCCUCGGAGGAUGGCCAAGCGAAGAUCUGGGCGGUGCCAGGGGCGCCGUGA